GUUGACGCGAGCGCUUGUCUACAUACGAUAGUUCGAUCGUGUUUUGUGAUUCUACAAGUGAACUAUUUUGAGAUUGUAAAGUGAAAUAUAAUAUACUGAUAUUUAAAUUUAUUAAACAUUAGUGCUUAGUGACACAUUUAUGAGCAUUUCGCAUGCAUGUGGUGAUUGAAAUAUAAAUAUAUUACUCAAAACUGCGGCUUGGUUUUUUGCAGGAAACGGGAAAGUGAUAGCGCAAGCCAAUCAGCUGCACUUAGAUCUAGACCUUUGGCGGCGCAUAUACAUAUACUAUAUAUAUCGAAGUUGAGUUAACAUAUACAUAUAUGACUAUUGAAAAGAGAAAAGCUCAUAAUUAGAAAUAAAAACACACUGAAGAAUUGAACGAUAACAAGAUGUCGCGUCGGCUAUGUAUUGCCGUUUUUGAAAUUAUACAAAUCGUCGCUUUGGUAUGCGCAGCCGGGCAUUACUCUGUAAUCGGACCUGGCACGAUCCGCUCCAAAUUUAAAUACAAUGUAGCCGUUUCAGUGCACAAGGCCGAAGGGCCAACCAAAAUAGAUGUUAGCAUUAUGGGUCCCUCGUAUAAUGAGACAAAAACAGUAGAGCUGCAGCCGAUGUCCACUGAAAAUGUUGAAUUUGAUGUGCCACAACUGCAGGAUGGCGCUUAUAGUCUGGUUGCGAAAGGCGUGUCCGGGCUGAUCUUCGAGAACUCAACAAAGCUAAAUUAUGCCGACUACAAGCCAGCCACGUUCAUACAAACGGAUAAGGCCACAUAUAAACCAGGUGACUUAGUACAGUUUCGUGUACUAUUUUUGGAUGCCAAUACGCGUCCAGCAAAAAUUGAGCAGCCCAUCUCGAUACUGAUUAAUGAUGGCGCACGGAAUCGUAUUAAACAAUUGCAGAACGUAAAGUUGACUAAAGGGGUUUACACCGGUGAAUUUCAACUCUCCGAACAACCUGUGCUCGGCGAUUGGAAUAUCGAGGUCGUUAUUGAGGGUCAAUCACCGGUUUCAAAGUCCUUUGAGGUGGCCAAAUAUGUAUUGCCUAAAUUUGAAGUGUCUAUUGAAACCGCCAAGGAUGUAGCCAUACCUGAUGGCGUCAUUAAGGUGACCGUACGCUCAAAGUACACCUACGGUAAAUCUGUUGAAGGCACGGCAACGGUAUCCAUUAAACCCCUAUAUCAUCAUUAUGGCAUGAAUAUUCAACCAGAGGCAACCAAAAUGGUUUAUGUCGACGGCAAAGGACACGUUGAGUUUGAUUUAAGUAAAGACUUAAAUAUCGGUGGUGAACGCACAUAUGUGCCGCCGUUGAAAGUAUUGGCUACGAUGAAGGAGAAACUCACUGGCAAUACACAAAAUGCCACAGCUACUAUUAACUUGCAUUCCGAGCGCUAUCGCAUCGAAGGUGUUAACGUGCCGACCAAUUAUCAACCUGGCAAACCGACCAAAAUUACCGUUGUUGUGAAGAAUGUGGAUGGCUCGCCGGUGUCUGAUACAAAGAAUAAAGCCAAAUUGAUUGUGCAUCCGCCACGUGAUUAUAUGUUUAGAGAUUAUCUGUCUAAAGAUGAAGCUACUACUCCAAAGGAAGCAGAUAAAAUUAUGGAAUUUGAGUCAAAUCUUGACGAGCAUGGCAUGGCUACAUUUGAGUUUACUUUGGCCGAAACAGACCGUUAUUAUACCGUAAAAUGUGAAUUCUUAGAUACUACAACAUAUCUUAGCUCAAUAUCUAAAUUUAUACCUACAAUCGAUACACCGGAAUUGCUAAAAUUGACGGUGAACACAAAGAAACCUCGUCUGAGUAAGCCCGUUGUGGUGGAGGUAAUAUCGAGUGAAAAAAUCCCAUACUUUGUUUACACCAUCGUUGCACGCGGCAAUAUCUUGAAGAGCGAAUAUGUCGAUGUGCCGGAGGGACGACAAUCGCAGACCAUCAAAUUUAUACCCACCUUCGAAAUGAUACCGAAAGCCAGCUUAUACGUACAUUAUGUCUACGACAAUAAUUUGCGUUUCGAAGAAAAGGCGAUACAGUUUGAAAAACAGUUCGAAAAUACCAUCGAUAUUAGCGCUCAACCCCAAGCGAAACCUGGCGAGCAGGUACAGCUUCAUAUUACAACAGAUCCUGAUUCUUUUGUCGGUUUGCUAGGUGUUGAUCAGAGCGUGCUAUUACUCAAAUCGGGCAAUGAUAUAACCCAGGAACAGAUAUUCAACACUUUAGGCGACUAUGAUGCUAGCACACCAUGGAUGCGAGGCUAUGGACGCUAUCCGGGACAGGAAUCCGGUGUGGUAACAAUGACAAAUGCCAAUUAUCCCUACAAUGAUGUCUAUGCUUACAUUGACGCGUUUCAACAACCAGUUUAUGCUUUUGGUGCAAUUGGAAGACCUCUCCCGGAAGCCACUUUCUUCGCCGGCGAGUUUAUGCCUGUAGCCCUCCCUGCAGCCCUCCCUGCACCACCGCAACCAUUAGCUGGAGCAACUGCUAUAACGCCAAUCUUGAGAAAAAAUUUUAUCGAAAACUGGAUAUUCAUGAAUCAAGAAAUUACGGAUGGCGGCAAUUUUACCUUGAGCAAGAAGAUACCCGACACCAUCACUUCAUGGGUUGUCACUGGCUUCUCGAUGAAUCCCAAUACUGGCAUUGCGCUUACGGCCAAUCCCACAAAAAUACAAGUGUUCCAGCCCUUCUUUGUCUCUACUAAUCUGCCGUAUUCGGUAAAGCGCGGCGAAGUUAUUGCCAUACCCGUUAUAAUCUUCAAUUAUAUGGACAAAGCUUUGGAUGCGGAAGUAGUAAUGGAGAAUACGGAUAAUGAGUAUGACUUUACCGAAGCCACCAAUGAGAUUGAAGACAAGCCCUUAGAUGUGGUGCAACGCGUUAAACGUGUCUCGGUUGCGUCAAAUACUGGUCGCAGCAUUUCCUUUAUGAUACGUCCCAAAAAGAUUGGACAGAUCACAUUGAAAAUCACUGCAACUACACCACUGGCCGGUGAUGCAAUACAUCAAAUGCUCAAAGUGGAACCGGAGGGUGUGACACAAUACGAAAAUCGUGCCGUCUUCAUAAAUCUUAAAGAUAAAAAUGUGCACAAUGAGAAAUUAAAUGUAGAUAUACCAGCCGAAGCUAUACCCGACUCGGAAUACAUAGAAUUUUCUGUGGUGGGCGAUUUGCUUGGGCCAACGUUGAAGAACCUCGAUAAACUGGUGCGCAUGCCUUAUGGCUGUGGCGAACAAAAUAUGGUGAAUUUCGUGCCGAAUAUAUUAGUUUUGCAUUAUUUGGACGCGAUCUCCAAGAGUAUGCCUGCAGUUACGGAGAAGGCAAAGAAGUUCCUCGAAAUUGGUUAUCAACGUGAAUUAACUUACAAACACGAUGAUGGUUCGUACAGCGCUUUUGGCAAAUCUGAUAAGGCAGGCAGUACUUGGCUGACAGCAUAUGUGAUGCGUUCGUUCCACCAAGCAGCAAAAUACACCGAUAUUGAUCCUAAAGUUAUUGUAGAAGGUUUGGACUUUUUAGCGUCGAAACAAACACCGAAUGGUAGUUUCCCCGAAUAUGGAAAACUCUUCGAUUCGGCACAUCAAAAUGAGUUAGGCCUGACAGCAUUUGUUUUGUUGGCAUUCCUAGAAAAUGUGGAACAUGUAGAAAAGUACAAAACGCAGGUCGAUAAUGGCAUGAAGUAUCUAAUGGAGAACGUGGAUAAAACAGACGAUCAAUACUCGCUCGCAAUUGCUUCAUUGGCACUGCAAAUUGCCAAAAAUCCCGCAGCCGAUAAGGUGCUAACUAAAUUACAAGGUCUCGCUAAGCAGGAAAGCGAUCGCAAGUGGUGGUCCAAGGUUGAUACUCCCACUGAGGGUAGCAGCGCCAUCUGGCGUUGGCAGCCAAAUAGUAAUGACGUAGAGAUCACAUCGUACAUACUUCUUGCAAUACUAGAUAAAGAGGGCGCCGAAAAUGCUUUGCCCAUUGUCAAAUGGUUGAUCUCACAACGCAACAGUAACGGUGGUUUUGCUUCCACACAAGACACUGUGGUCGGGUUGCAAGCGCUCAUAAGCUUUGCAGAGAAAACUGGCGCCGGCAGUGGUGUGAUGGACAUUGAGUUUACUUCAAGCGGUGGUGAGGAAAAUAAAGGUGCCAUUGCGGUUAGCGCAGAAAAUUCCUUGGUACUGCAAACACAUGUGCUACCGAAGACAACACGCUCGGUUGAUUUCACCGCCAAGGGUAAUGGCUCAUCUAUGGUGCAACUAUCCUACCGUUAUAACUUGGCUGAAAAGGAUAAAGCACCAAGCUUCCAAGUGACAACAAAUGUCAAGGAGGACCAAAACUUACUAAUUAUGGACGUAUGCGCCGAAUAUGUACCUGCGGAUGCAGCCGAUCAAGAGAAAGAAUCCAAUAUGGCUGUAAUGGAGAUCGCACUACCCUCCGGCUACACUGCGGAAACUGACGCUUUCAAUGCUAUUGAAGCAGUGGACCGCGUUAAACGUACUGAAACGAAAAAUGCCGAUUCGAUGGUGAUUGUCUAUUUCGAUGGCUUGAAACCGGCCGAUAGUAAGUGUGUGCCCGUUAGAGCAGUCAAAACACAUGCGGUGGCCAAACAAAAGCCCGCAGCGGUCAGCAUCUAUGACUACUACCAAACAAAUCGUCGUGCCACCGAAUAUUAUCAGGUGAACUCAUCGCUUUGUGAUAUUUGUGAGGGCGAAGAUUGUGGUUCAUCGUGUCAAAAAUCAAAGGAAAGCAAUAAUUAAUGUACAUUAUCUUGCUUCAAGCAAUUCACUCUAAAAACGGCGAAAUUGUAAUGUAAAUGAAUAUCAGUGAUAAAUUUUUAUAUCGGAAUCAUGUCUGUAUAUUUGUGAAAAAAGGUUAUUUACAUGUGCAUAUGUAGGUAUAUGUGUAUGAAAAAAAUUAUCAAAAUUAAGUAGUUAACUAAAUUUGUUAGAAUAUCAAAUGUAUACUAUAUAUAGUUCAAACAAGCAUACAUUUACCCAAAAUAAAAUGGAAAAAUAUGAUAAUCUAA